GCUACGAGUGACAACAGUUUCGCUUCUACUGUUUGUUGCUGUAAACGCAUAGUUGUGCUGCUACGCUUUAAAAAGCCAAACUGAUCGCGUGUGUCAACACAAUGCAAAUCAUGCGGUUGUCGUCGUUCUUCACGUUGCUGUCAGUUCUCCUUCUCCAAUUCCAUGUUAUCCACGGCUUCACUAACCUGGCUGAUGUGGAUUGUGGUCUGUCCAGUAUCAAAGGACGCAAGGCGAAAAUAGUCAAUGGCGACGAAACGUUUGAAGGCGAAUUUCCUUGGAUGGUGUCGCUAGUUGGUUUACGUGGAGAGCUCAUUUGCGGUGGGGUCUUAAUUCACAAGAAAUGGGUCCUGACAGCUGCUCAUUGUAUCAGGAAAGAAGCGACUCAGUUUCAGGUGAGCGUCGCUUGGAACCGCGGCGAAAACAAUAUAGCGAACGAAGCGCGAAUGUUUCGCAUCAAUCAAAUCGUGAAUCAUCCGUCUUACGAUCCCGCCAAGAGCAAAGUGGCCGAUGAUAUCGCUCUCAUCAAUCUAGCGCAAGAAGCCGCUUGGAGUGAUUUAGUAAAGCCCAUUUGUUUGCCUGAUCCGGUCAAAGAACCAUUGACAGGUGUGAUGGCAACCGUGGCCGGAUGGGGGCACGACAAGAGCGGAGGCCGUCAUGCGACCAAAUUAAGGAAGGUCGGAGUUCCCAUUUUGGCCAACGAAAAGUGCAAGCAGUGGUUGGAGGAAGGCAGAAAAGCGUUGGCUAUAACCGAAAAUUCCAUGUGUGCCGGUUACGAGGAAGGCGGGAAAGAUUCUUGCAACGGAGAUAGUGGUGGACCUCUGAUGAUUCAGGACAAAGAUCAUCACGUUGCGAUCGGACUGGUCAGCGGCGGAAUCGGUUGCGCACUUCCGAAGCUUCCAGGCAUAUACACGCGAGUCGACAACUACCUGGAAUGGAUCUCACAAACUCUUGAUGCAAAAUGAUCUCUCUGUUCUGUUGUGUUGUUUCAAAACGUUUCCUUUUUUUUCAUUAUCGCAUGUUUUUAGAACGAUGUAUUUAAUUAUUUAUUGUGACGUCGUAUUCUUCACUCUUGCUGCAUUAAUUCACUCCAAUAAAAGACUUGAAUAUUA